AUGAGCGCAUCUUUGAAUUAUAAGUCUUUUUCCAAAGAGCAGCAGACCAUGGAUAACUUGGAGAAGCAACUCAUCUGUCCUAUCUGCUUAGAGAUGUUCACGAAACCCGUGGUCAUUCUCCCCUGUCAGCAUAACCUGUGUAGGAAAUGUGCCAGUGAUAUUUUCCAGGCCUCUAACCCGUAUUUGCCCACAAGAGGAGGCACCACUGUGGCAUCAGGGGGCCGGUUUCGCUGCCCAUCCUGUAGACAUGAAGUGGUUCUGGACAGACAUGGGAUAUAUGGCCUUCAGAGGAACCUGCUGGUGGAAAAUAUCAUUGACAUCUAUAAGCAGGAGUCCACCAGACCAGAAAAGAAGUCUGACCAGCCCAUGUGUGAGGAGCAUGAAGAGGAACGCAUCAACAUCUACUGUCUGAACUGUGAAGUGCCCACCUGCUCUCUGUGCAAGGUCUUUGGGGCACACAAGGAUUGCCAGGUGGCUCCCCUAACUCACGUGUUCCAGAGGCAGAAGUCUGAGCUCAGUGAUGGCAUUGCUGUCCUUGUGGGAAGCAAUGAUCGAGUCCAGGGAGUAAUCAGCCAGCUGGAGGACACCUGUAAAACUAUUGAGGAAUGCUGUAAAAAACAGAAACAGGAACUUUGUGAGAAGUUUGAUUACCUGUAUGGCAUCCUGGAGGAAAGGAAGAAUGAAAUGACCCAAGUCAUUACCCGAACCCAAGAGGAGAAACUGGAACGUGUCCGUGCUCUGAUCAAAAAGUAUUCUGAUCACUUGGAAAAUGUGUCAAAGUUGGUUGAAUCAGGAAUCCAGUUCAUGGAUGAGCCAGAAAUGGCAGUGUUUCUGCAGAAUGCCAAAACCCUGUUACAAAAAAUUUCUGAGGCAUCGAAGGCAUUUCAGAUGGAGAAAAUAGAACAUGGUUAUGAGAACAUGAACCACUUCACAGUCAACCUCAAUAGAGAAGAAAAAAUAAUACGCGAAAUUGAUUUUUACAGAGAAGAUGAAGAUGAAGAUGAAGAAGAAGAAGAAGAAGAAGGAGGAGGAGGAGAAGGAGAAGAAGGAGGAGAAGAAAGAGAGCAAGUAGAAGUGGAAGAGGUAGAAAAUGUUCGAACAGAGUCAUCAGGAGAGGAUGAAAGUCCAGAGAAAGCCUCGGAGCCCUCUCAGCUGGCCUCAGAGCUCCAGGCUGCCCCAGGGGCGCUUCCAGUUUCCUCCCCGGAGCCACCUCCGGCCCUCCCACCUGCCACAGAUGCCCCAGGGACACAGGGGGAGGUUGUGCCCACUGGCUCUCAGCAGACCACAGAGUCUGAAACUCCAGUCCCUGCAGCAACGGACACUGCGGAUCCCUUGUUUUACCCUAGUUGGUAUAAAGGCCAAACCCGGAAAGCCAUCACCAACCCACCUUCCACCCCAGGGAGCGAAAGUCUGGGACACAUAGGGCCUCCUGGUUCUGAGGAUUCGAAUGUGCAGAAGGCAGAAGUGGCAGAAGCUGCAGCCAGUGAGAGGGCAGCAGUGAGUGGUAAGGAAACUAGUUCACCAGCAGCUACUUCUCAGACUGGAUUUGAGGACCCUCCCCUCCAGGUACAGGCUGCAGCUUCGGGGAGUGGGAAUGGAGCUGAUUCUGAGCCAGCUCGCCACGUCUUCUCCUUUUCCUGGUUGAACUCCCUGAAUGAAUGAUGUUCAUUCCAACUGUUGCCCUCUGUCUGCCUGGCUGAGAUGCACACCAGCAGCAGG